GUAGAGUAUCGAAUAUUUAGAGGUCUUACUUUCAGAAAUAAUAAAUAAAAAAACGAUAUUUUCCACUUCGUCAACUUCCACCUUUACAUAUUUUCCUUUCCAUUCCGCUAGAGGGCGGUAUUGCGGUAAAUCUGAGCCAAUAAAAGGAGAAAACGCGGCUCAGUGCAGAUCAGUCGGAGGGAGGGAAGACACAGCUGCCUGCAUCGUUUCGGAUAGAGUUAAUUAAAACUGGAUUUCUGCUCUGAGGGUGUCCUUAACCCGACUUUUAAACGUAACGAAGCUACAGUCCUCCGAGUUCUCAGCAAACACCCAGGCUGAAGAAAGAAAGAAGGAAUGAGCACAAUCCUACGAUUGGAAGGCCUGGAUGUGAAGGCAGGCACUCAAGAUAUAAGGGAAUUCUUUAAAUCCCUGCAUAUACCUGAUGGAGGGGUUUACAUCAUGGGGGGGAGUCUCGGUGAAGCAUUUAUUGCAUUUGCCAAUGAAAACGACGCACAGAUCGCCUUGCUGCAUAAUGGUAAUUUCCUGAAAGGCUCCAUGGUGUUUCUGCACGCUAGCAGUAUAAAGGAGAUGGAGCAGAAAUUGGAAUCCUUUGGGAAGAAGACCGUAAGCCCUGAAAGGAAAACUCAAUAUCCAGCUGCAGAUAAAAUGCCAAGUCCACAUGAUGGCAGCGUUGAAUUUAAGUCCAAAUCCAACCCAAACGAUGUGAGUAAAUCUAAGCUGAAGGAUGGGAGAAUGACUAAGAUGAAACCCAAACCCAGGAGGGAGGAUCCUAAAAUGGCUAAGGGGAAAACAACAUCCAGGUCGCACUAUACUUCAGUUGCAUCUUCAUUUGAUCCCGAAACUACCAGUCUGCCAGCUGCUUAUGCAAAACAUUUUCAGCUGAGCACAGUAAAUAAGCAAUUUUCAAAUGAAAAACCUUUGGAUACUAGUACUGCUUUUCUGCUUGGAGUUUGCUCUGUUCUCAAGAGUCUCAAGUCUGAAACCACUGUGCCAGCAUUUGAGUUGAACAAGGAUGUUAGCACAACCUUAUCUGGAGAUGUCAGAAGCCCAAAGCACACAUCGGAUUUGAAACCAGGCUACGUUCGACUCUUUGGGCUGCCAUCUUCAACUACUAAAGAAGAAAUCUGUACUUUUUUCAAAGGGUUGCAUGUGAAAGAGGUUAUAGUCAACGUUGAACUUGGAAAGGGUCAUGGCUGCCUUGUGAAGUUUGCAAAUAUGCAAGAUGCAUCUGAUGCUCUUAGCUUCAACCUGAAGUUGCUGGGCUCAUUCUGUGUGGAGGUACGGGGAGGAGAUCAGAAAAUGUGGGACAGAGCGCUACAAGAAUGCAGGAAUGCAUUAGAUGCCUGGCCAAGUAAUCAAUACCAAAGAUCUAAGGAAAGGGAAAAAUAUGAGAGAAAAUCUGUUUCCCCUCUGCAGAGGAAGAGGUCAGCAGACAAUCAAGUUCACCUGGAACCGCUGAAAAAGCCAAGACGUGACACUGAAACAGACUCUUCAUUAUUAAAAACCUCAGAAUAUACAGUCAUGGUCCGAAACCUUCCCAAAACCAUAACCAAGACUGAAAUCAAAGAGCUAUUUGCAUGCACACACAUUCCACACAGAAACGUGCUUCAUCUGCUGGAUGAAGCAGGAGACCUCACAGACACGGCUUUUCUGAUUUUUAACCGCAGACAGGACUUUGACUAUGCCAUAAAUCUCUCUGGCUGCCAUGCAGGCUCUGGUGCCAUUGAGGUUACUUCUAUCACCAAGCAGAUCAUGUGGGGAAUGGUAGCCAAAAACAACCCUAGGAACCGUAGGACCGGUCCUACCGACCCAAGAUUGCACAGUCACCUCAGAAAACCAGAUCAACAGAAGACCGGGACGCAGCGGCGGGAGAGUCAAACCAACAUGGCUCAGAGGUACAUUUUUAUUAGAAACAUGCCUGCAAAUGUAAAAAGAAGUCAGAUCAGGAGCCUGUUCUGUAAAUUUAAUCUGAGCUUGGACGACAUCAUGUUACUGCAUGACAGCGAGGGCCGCGGCAGGGGGGAGGCCGUGGUUACCUUUGAAUCCGAGCAGCAAGCUGCCGAGGCCCAGAGGAUGCACGGCGAGGAGUUCCUGGGGACAAGCGUGCUGCUUACUCUCAUAAAUGGCGAGCAAGUGGAGAACAUUUUGAACAACUGAGAAACUUUGCCUGAUCUGAGGUUGUUUUUGGCAUUUAAGUCUUACGUCAGGAUCACCUGUACAUUUGCGUUUUUGUACUUUUCUUUUUGACAAAAUGAAUAAUAAACGUUCCUGUUGAUGCAAGAUGCUUCAAAGCCUUUUAUCCGACGAUGAAAAGAAGACCAGGCGAAGUGUACAGAUAUUUUUUGGAAGGGGUGACUGGAGAUUUUCUCACCCAUGACAGAAUUCAGAUUUUUUGGUUUUGACUUUGAAUCAGCAUGGCUUAAUCAUUAGAAUAAGAAUUCUCAAGGAAGAUCAGUUUUUGUUCUAACAAGUUCUAAAGCUCCAGGGUUCAUAUUUGCCUUUUGUUAAAACAGGAGAAACAAACUUCAACAGGAUUUGCAAGCAACUGCUAAAUAAAGAAAAGGUAGUUUAACCGCAGACGGAAACGGCUGCACAGGAGGAAGUAACAUGAAAACGUAAAUAAAAGUUGUCGGGGAGAACGCCCUGGGUAAUAUGCAUUCAACAAGAUGGAGCAAGCUACUGGAGGCGGAGUCUCAGGGCGUGAGGAAGACCAAGCCAUUGGAUUUAACAGUAUUACUGUAGUUUUGUGAGACCAGGAAAAUGACUUUUACAGUUACUUCAACAAGACCUUUAUUAAACCUGGACAAAAACUAACAACUAAUACAAUUGGUCAACUAAAACAUGUCCUGUUCAUGUUGUGAAAAACUUCCAUUUAUCAAAGGAAGUAGGAAAAAAAAACUUUAUUGGUGGGAAAACAAGAUGACACAUUCAGUAUAUAUAAUGUAUAUACACAAAAGGGAAAAA